AGCCUUUCACGUCGUUUAGAUGAAUGUACCUCAGGCGCGACGCAGCAUAUAUAUCGAGGACGAGCGGGUAGCUCUCGCGGAUCAGUAGCUCCAUCUUCACGCGGAGCUGGAAGCUGCAGCACGCGCUCACUCACUUGACUCACUCACUCUCGCGCUCAAGCAGAACACGCGCUCUUUGCUCACCAGAGUCUGACUGAGAUCUCUGCGCUCGGAGGAAAUUCAGCCUAAUUCAAAGAAAUUGUCUUAUUUUAAUAACUUGAAUUUAAAGUUCGUCAAGUUUAAUAUUGGUAUUUAUUUUCUACAGAAAGAACUGUGACUUUAUGAUCGUUUAUAUUAUCUGAGGAUUAUUAUCUGAUGUGCGUGUCCUGACGCACAGGCGGACACGCGCGGGCUUAUCAAGAGGCGUGAAGUCACAGUGUCGUUAUUCUUGGUUGGAUAUCGCACUUGCUCAGGCAAUUUAUCGUUAAAACUAUGAUGUUCAGUGGACUCAUAUGAUGCUGUUUUAUUAGGCUACUGCGAUGGCUUUCCAACGACGUUUCAUUAUGACAGGUAAAUCAAUAUGGUUUCAUAUUAAACUACGGACUCCAUCUUCAUAAGCCAUACCCCAGUGAAUAAACAUCACAAUGGAGGCAUGGACGUUUAUGCCCAUUUCCAAUCUGUCCCUCUCCGAGCCCCUUCUCAAUAACAGUUUCUCCCCAGGAAAUGAAUCCGACUUCGGUCUGGAAAUGUACCCCCACAAUGGAUCUCACCCUGACUUUGACCCAACCAGUUCAGUAGUCAUCACGUUUGUCUAUUUUGUAGUAUGUGCUGUCGGGCUCUGCGGCAAUGCCCUGGUUAUUUAUGUCAUCCUGCGCUAUGCCAAGAUGAAGACCGUCACCAACAUAUAUAUAUUAAAUUUGGCUGUAGCAGAUGUACUGUGCAUGCUAAGCCUGCCCUUUAUUGCCAUUCAGCUAGCACUGCUCCAUUGGCCCUUCGGGUCCGCUAUCUGUCGCGUCAUUCUGACAGUGGACUCCAUGAACCAGUUUACCAGUAUAUUCCUUCUAACAGUGAUGAGCUUCGAUCGCUACCUGGCCGUGGUGCAUCCGAUAAAAUCCACCAAAUGGCGAAAGCCACGUGUGGCCAAGGCUAUAAGCCUGGCCAUGUGGGGCGUGUCUCUGCUGGUCAACCUACCGAUUAUGAUCUACAGCGGCGUGAACACUAAAAAGAACGAGGGGCAGACAUGCACCAUGUUGUGGCCGGAGCCGCAGAACACCUACUACACCGCUUUCAUCUUCUAUACGUUUUUCUUGGGCUUUUUCCUGCCCCUGAUAAUCAUCUGCCUGUGCUACCUGCUCAUAGUCAUCAAGGUGAAGUCUUCGGGCAUGCGGGUGGGUUCCACCAAAAGAAAGCGGUCUGAGAGGAAAGUCACGCGCAUGGUGUCUAUAGUGGUCGUGGUGUUUGUGCUCUGCUGGUUACCCUUCUAUGUUUUCAACGUGACCUCUGUGACCGGAACUGUGCCGUCUACACCUGUGCUAAAGAGCACUUUUGACUUCGUGGUGGUUCUGGGUUACGCGAACAGCUGCGCCAAUCCGAUCCUCUACGCUUUUCUGUCGGACAACUUUAAGAAGAGUUUUCAAAACGUCCUGUGUCUGAAAAGAGUCAGUGGCUUGGACGAGAUCGAUCGCAGCGACAGUCGACAGGACAGGACACGAAUGGUCAACGACAUCAUGUCGGAGACGCAUAACGCCGCGCUGCUCAAUGGAGACCUUCAGACCAGCAUCUAAGGAUGUUAUGUUGUUUUAGGAGACUUUGGCCUGAAAGUUGUUGCUGGGAUGUGCAAUGUUAAAUCUUUCCCUUAAAGGGGUAAUUCACCCCAAAAUAAAAAUGUGCCUAUGUUUUACUCAAGCCAUCCUAGCUGUAUGUGACUUUCUUCUUUCAGCCGUUAUAUUAAAUACUAUUCUUUUUUUGACUUUAUAAUGGCAUAGUGCCCCAUUUUUAGAGCUUCAAAAAAGGCCAUAGGGUUGUUAAAUGUUUUCUGAUGUGAAGCAAUGGGUUUUUAUAAUGUUGGGUCAGAGGUCAGUCUUUCACCCGACCUCAACCCUUUGUGUACACACAGACAUAGUUUAUAAAGAUUGAAAUGCUUUCUUACAAAAGCCCAUCACUUCACCUCCUUCAGAAGACAUUAUGGAUUAGUUUUUGAUAGAUGGGUGAGCUUUUUGGUGCUUUAAAAUUGGGGCACUAUUUGAUGCCAUUAUAAGCUGAAAAGAACCAAAAGAAAGAGUUUGGCUAAAAGAAAUCAUUCACAUCUAGGAUGGCUUAAGGAUGAAUAAAAUCUAGACUAAUUUUCAUUUUGUUUGAACUUUCCUUUAAACAGUCCCUAUUUGUGUUGACUAUCUGCUAUGAGGGACUUUCACACAAAAAGUAUUUAAGUGCGCUGUUUAAAGGAAAGAUUUAGUAUUCAAGAACAAUGAUAAAACGUUACAUAUGUAAUUUAUUAACGUAUUAGUAUUCUGUACCAUUCAUUUAACCAGCGACUACUUUUCGAAGCACAUUUCUUUUGGGUGUCCUAAAACAAUCUUUCUGAAUAUUUUACUACAAGGAGAUCCUUCUGGACAGCUUAUUUUGACUGUUCUUGUGUAUUUAAGCGAUGAUGAGCAUGUUAUUUACUGUAAAUAACUGUAGUUGUUUUCCUUGGUGUCAAUGUCUGAAAAGAAGCUGUUGUGUUGCUGUGUUUUCUUCACUUCAGUGCCAAAAGCGUUUGUUAGUUAGAUACUGCUAAUUUAAGAUCUUUGUCCUCAUCAUGUAAACAUCAUUUCGCUGACUCAGGCUCACAAUGGAACUACAAGGCCAAUUAGAGAAAGCUUAUUAAAAGCUUUUAAUUAUUCAAGAUUUUUCAAUUAUGGUUGCAGCAAAAUGGCAGAAUACUGAAUAUUCAAAUUAGAUGUUAAAGAAUAUAAAACUGUUACCAAAAUCUAAAAAGAAAUCAAAUCUAGUUAGGUUCACAGUAUAUUUAUUUGUUGUUGUUGUUGUUGUUGUUGUUGUUGUUGUUGUUGUUUAUAAUAUCUUACCCAUGUGCUUGCAUUUUUUUGUUUUGUUUACAUGUAGAAAUAAUCCCUCUGGUUCCCAGUGGGCUUUUCUUUUGUAAAGGAAAUUUACAUAGAGAUGAGGAAGGAAAUGUAAGGAGGAUAGUUCACCUCUGUCAUCGUUUACCUACCCUCGAGUUCUUCCAAACCUGUAUAAACAUCUUUGUUCUGUUGAACAUAAAUGAAGGUAUUUAGAAAAAUGUUAAUCAAACAGAUCUCGGGCACCAUUGACUUCCAUAUAUAAUUUAUCUUACUGUGAAAGUCAAUGGUGCCCCAGAUCUGCUUGAGUACAAACAUUCUUCAAAAUAUCUUCAUUUGUGUUCAGCAGAACAAAGAAAUAUAUACAAGUUUGGAUCAACUUUUGGGUGAGUAAACAAUGACAGAAAUAAAAAAAAUUUGGCUGAACUAUUUAUUAAAGCUCUGUUGCAAAACCUACUACUAUAUUCUGCCCAGACAGACAUUUUAGCAUCAUUGCUAUUAAUUCUUGUUCCCAUGUACCUUCAGUUUUGGCAAUUUCUAGAUAAAUAUAGAAAACAUUGCAUGUGUCCAUCACAGAAAUGCCAAUCCCAGAAGGCAGUGUGGUGAACAUUUAUAAAAUAAAAUUCAUUUGAAAUGAUGGAUAAGUCAAAAGAAAUGGUUAUUAUUACAUUUAACACUGAAGUUAUGAUUAUAGUUUCACAGUAUUGCAUUGUUAAUCUAGCAACACGAUAAUGUCAGUCUAUAAACAAAUUAAGGGUGAGUUAACAGCUCUAUUUUCGUGUCUAUGUUUAAAGUAAGGAGGUUUUCUUAAAAACAAUACAACGUAUUAGGUUUUGCAACAGACCGAUUAUGAUUGUUCUCUGACUUGCACUGUAAAAGUGAAAAGUGAAACAAAUCUUCAACUGGUAACACAUAAUAAAAUGUAUGUUUUCUCAAAUCAAAUUUUUCACUUAAACAUACAGUGACUUAGGUGUUACCAAUUGAAGUCAUUUUGAAAGUUGAUUCAACUUUUUACAGUGUGAAUAAAGUAUUUUAGGGGGUUUUAUUGUGUUUUGUUUGAUUUUUAUAAAUACAUAAAGUCAUAUUUGGUUGUUGCCCCUGCAUACUAAAUUAAUCCCAUUCAUUCCUGUUGUCACCCUACUGACAGAAAUAAGCUUCAAGUUGGCAACAUUUACUGAUUUUGUGAAAAGUAUCGAAACCCACUGUAAAAAAUGCAGCACGAAGUUAAAAUUCAACCUACCAUUUUAAGUUUUGACCUGUGAUAAGUUGACAUAACUUACUUGACAAAACACUAAUCUGAAUUAAGAAUGUAAUUAUUUGUGUCAAAAUGUUAAAUACCUCAUUGUGAAACAACAUAAGAUGAGCAACCUUAAUUCAAUCAUUAUGAUUAUGUCACAAAAACCAAACCAUCAAUGGUAUGCUUAACAUGUAUACUUUGAAAUAAUGACAAUGAAUAGCAUCUGCUUUCCAUUAUCAAUAUUCAUUGAUAAUCACUGAACUAUUAUAAAGAGGCUGAUAAAAUGACACUGAAAGUGCCUUAAAUAAUCACUUGAAAAGACACAUGGAAUGAAAAAUGUCCUGCUUUCACGUAUAGAGCUUUACCUAUCCAACCUGAAUGUACAGAUAACUCAUCUUUAAGUAUAUUCUUGUACAAAACCCCUGUUAACAAAUGUAUCAUUCACAGAAUAGCAUAAUGUGUAAAUAAUAUAUUUUCAACUCUUAUAAAAGGUGUAGAAACGUUUUAACAUUUGUGAAGGGCUAAAACAGUUAUAUCUAUUUGUCUGUAUAACUUGUGUAAUCUGUGGGCCUGGUGGUUGUCUAUAAGUUAAUGAUCUGUUAUGAUGCAAGUGAUGCUGCGUGAAUGAGUUCAUGUCUGAAGUUUUGUGUCAACAGUUUUUUUGUAGGUUCGACAAGCAUGUUAUGAAACUGUCAAUUUGAACAAGUAGUUUUUAUCUUGAGUUAAGUUCAACGUGCCUUUAACAGUUUGUGUUAGUGUACAGCACUUUUGAGUUCUCAUGUCGACUCAUAUAGGUUUUUUUCAAGUCUCAUAGAUGUGUGAUUACAAUAAAGUAUUACUAUUUUA